AUGGCUGGCCAACAAAUUUCAGACGUUGAUCGAACAAAAAUCGACGUGAAGUUCCUCUGUUCCAAAUGUGAGCUGUUGCUGAAUGAACCGAUGCAAACCCACUGUGGACAUUUGAUGUGUAAAAGCUGUGUUCAACUUAUUUUGAGGUAAUUUGGCCGUCGUUGUAUGUUUAAAAUGAUGAUUCGUAUUCAUGGCGGAAAUUGGUGCACGAAUUCGCAUACAACAAACCGUACAAUUGCCGUGUGAGCAAAUAUAAGCGGACGAAUUUACGUAUAUAUAUAUAUAUGGUUCUGGACUCGUCCAUGCCUUACAAUGGUAUUUCGGUUGUAAAUCUGAUUGGCUCUUGGAAAACAAUAGUUACCAUUAACUAUAUUAAUGAGUUAAUUGGUUUGUUUAUGUACAUUAAAUUAUAUUGAUGAUUUUUGGUAAUUUUAAAGUUGUCAAUUUUACUCUGUUGUGAUUGGUUGCUUUUAAUAGGUAUUUGACAGCCUGUGGAUGAGGCGGAAAGAAGGUUUUAUAUGUAAAUUGUGUCAGGCUUUAUUUUAAAGCCGUGUUACUCAGGUGAACAACCGGGUAACCCGCCGAUACUGAUGCCAGCACAUGGCGAUACUGAUGCCAGCAGAAAGAGGUGGGAUCUCGCAUACGAGGACGUAAUUACAACCCAUUCGGUCAUCAGGUAACUCGGUUUCUUAUCACCAGAUUGUUCCUUUGUCGCUGCAGUACCAGCUCCAUAAUCAUAUAAACGGGGCCCUGAUAAACGGCUUGACACAGAACGUAGUGAAGAUCUCAAAUUAUGUUGAGCUUUUCUAUGUAUAAAAUAAACCAUGUAUGCAAGAAUGAAUUGUUUCUCUUGCAGGACUUGGUGUCACAAUCAAGUUUGUGAUCUAUGUAAGACUAAUUUGAUUCACCUGUGGUCUAUAUAAGACUAAACGGACUAAUUUUGUAUAUUUCAGCCAUGCCAAUCCAGUGUGUCCAAAAGAUGGAGCCUCGCUUAACGAGAAGGAAGUAAGUUAACUUUCUUUUCCCUUUAAAUUGAUAUUGAUCGGAGUGAAACUUGUAUAGGAUCUAAAUGACCGCUUUGACAAUAUUCAAACAUUUGACGAUAUUCAUCAGAUCAAAUAGCCAAUUAAUGCCUUCGCACAACACUUAGCAGUGCCAUCCAGUCACGAUCCAGUGAUCAGAAUGUUCCAUUCUCUUUACAUUAUUUUAAAAAUCUCACUGUUCUCCAUGCCAUCCAGUGAUGAUUCACUGAUCAGAUUGUUUCAUUGUCUUUUUAUUGUAUUAAAAAUCCCACUGUUCUCUAUGCCAUCCAAGCAAUGGUUCUUUGCCGAUCUGAACCGGGUAACAACGAUUGUUUCGGGUCGACAAAACACACUGCUUUUCUGAGGUCUCAGUAAAUAAGUGUUUUAUUAUACAGGGUGUAUACUGCACAUAUUUGAAAUUGCUUUCAGUUUCGCAAAACAGUUAUUAGUAUCCAGGUUUUUUAUGUAUAUAGCUUCUUUGGGUACUUAUAUUAAUGUAGAAUAAUGAAAAAAAAUUCUCGAAUUCAAAUUUUGUGAACUGGCGGGGGGGAGGUGUCGUUUCCAAGAAAUUAAAAAUGGAAUGCACACGUAAUUUAAAAUUUAAAAGCUUUAAUCAUAUUUUGAGUUAAUAGGUGGAAAAUUUGUUGGGUUUUUAAUUACUGUACAAAAUUUCAGACAAUUUGCUUUAACUAUUCAUUUUUCCUAAAAAAAUCAGUCUUAAUUUCGCAUACUUAAUGAAUGCCUUUACUUAAUUUGCAUAUUGCAAUAUUAAUUUGCAAAUUAGGGAAAGGCAUUAAUUAAGCAUCCAAAUAGCUGAUUUUUAGAAAAAAAUGCAAGUGUGCCUGAAUAUUUAAAGAUCUUAAACUGAAGAAAAUUGUCUGAUAUUUCGUGCAGCAAUUAAACACCCAACACAUGUUUCAACCAUCAACUCAAAAUGCGAUUGAAGCUUUUAAAUCUCGUGCGCAAGCCAUUUUUAGUUUGUGGGAAAAGACACCCCCCCCCCCCCCCCCCCCUCCCUGGUUUACAAAACUUGAGUUCGAAAUUUUUUUUUCAUUAUUCUACAUCAUAAGUACCUACAAAAUGAAUACAAAAUAUUUUUUCCUUAGAUUUUUCUCGAUGGUUACACAAAGCGAGAACUAAUGUUGUUGAAGCUACAUUGUUUAAAUAAUGAAUGUGGUUGGUUUGGGGUGGCAAAAGAUUUGCAG